UUUCCCGAGGGCGCUUCCCGGCGGCCUGUCGCCGUUUCCAUGGAGCCUGGCGCCUCGGCCAACCGCGAGCCACUUCCGCUGACGUCAGCGCCGACACGUGGAUCCAAGAUGGCGGCGUCAGGGGUGCUGGGCACGCUAACGUAUGCCCUGGCACUGCUGCUGUGGUGCCAGGGGGCAAGCUGUUUCUACGUACCGGGCGUGGCUCCCAUUAACUUCCACAAAAACGCCGUCGUCGAGAUUAAGGCUGUGAAGCUCACCAGUUCGCGGACCCAGCUGCCUUAUGAGUACUACUCGUUGCCCUUUUGCCAGCCUAAAGAGAUCACGUAUAAAGCCGAAAAUUUGGGCGAGGUCCUUCGAGGUGACCGGAUCGUCAACACGCCGUUCCAGGUUUUCAUGACCAUCGAGAAGAAGUGUGAGGUUCUGUGCAACAGCCUCAAGGAGCCGCUGGUCCUGGACAAGGAGAAAAGCAAGCUGAUUGCCGAGCGGAUCCAGGAGGAUUACUACGUCCACCUCAUUGCUGACAACCUGCCCGUGGCCACGCGGCUGGAGUUCUACCUGAACCGAGAGGAAGACAAGAGCAAGGAUAAGGACAUCCAGUUCGAACAUGGCUACCGGCUCGGCUUCAUGGAUAACAAUAAGUACUACCUGCACAACCACCUGUCCUUCAUCCUUUACUACCACAGAGAGGAUGUGGAAGAGAACCAGGAGCCGAACUACAGGGUGGUUCGCUUUGAAGUAAUUCCUCAGAGCAUUAAGCUGGCCGAUCUGAAGGCUGAUGAGAACGGGGUGUGUACCCUGCCUGAAGCUGCCAGCUCAGCUCCUCAGGAGAUGGAUCCCACGAAGGAAAACAAGCUGCUGUUCACCUACUCAGUGCGCUGGGAGGAAAGCGACAUCAAGUGGGCUUCUCGUUGGGACACCUACCUCACCAUGAGCGACGUGCAGAUCCAUUGGUUCUCCAUCAUCAACUCCGUUGUGGUUGUCUUCUUCCUUUCAGGUAUUCUCAGCAUGAUCAUCAUCCGGACGCUCCGGAAGGAUAUUGCCAACUAUAACAAGGAAGAUGACAUUGAAGACACCAUGGAGGAGUCUGGAUGGAAGCUGGUCCACGGUGACGUCUUCAGGCCUCCUCAGUAUCCCAUGAUCCUCAGCUCCCUGUUGGGCUCCGGAAUCCAGCUGUUCUGCAUGAUCCUGAUCGUGAUUUUCGUGGCCAUGCUGGGGAUGCUGUCUCCCUCGAGCCGUGGCGCCCUGAUGACCACGGCCUGCUUCCUCUUCAUGUUCAUGGGGGUUUUCGGAGGCUUCUCCGCUGGCAGGUUGUACCGGACCCUGAAAGGCCAUCGGUGGAAGAAAGGGGCUUUCUGUACAGCCAUGCUGUACCCGGGAGUCGUCUUUGGGAUUUGUUUCAUACUGAACUGUUUCAUCUGGGGCAAACACUCUUCGGGAGCGGUCCCUUUCCCCACCAUGGUGGCCCUUCUGUGCAUGUGGUUCGGCAUCUCCUUGCCCCUGGUCUACCUGGGCUACUACUUCGGUUUUCGCAAGCAGCCCUACGACAACCCUGUCCGGACCAAUCAGAUCCCCAGGCAGAUACCGGAACAGAGGUGGUACAUGAACAGAUUUGUCGGGAUUCUCAUGGCUGGAAUUCUGCCUUUCGGGGCCAUGUUCAUUGAGCUCUUCUUCAUCUUCAGCGCGAUUUGGGAGAACCAAUUCUACUACCUCUUUGGGUUCCUCUUCUUGGUGUUCAUCAUCCUCGUGGUCUCCUGUUCCCAGAUCAGCAUCGUCAUGGUGUACUUCCAGCUGUGCGCUGAAGAUUAUCGGUGGUGGUGGAGGACGUUCCUGGUCUCUGGAGGAUCUGCUUUCUACGUGCUGAUUUAUGCAGUAUUCUAUUUUGUAAACAAGCUGGACAUUGUGGAGUUCAUCCCCUCCUUGCUCUACUUCGGCUACACGGCCCUCAUGGUGCUGUCUUUCUGGCUCCUGACGGGGACCAUCGGCUUCUAUGCAGCCUACAUGUUUGUCCGCAAGAUCUACGCCGCCGUGAAAAUAGACUGAAGGGCGCCUCUGACGGCGGCGCAGGGAAAAAAAGCAGAUGCCCUCUCCGCUUCCUCCUAGGAAGGAAGUGCAGAAC